AUGGUUAAUCCCCUUUUCUUACAUCCCUCUGAUAAUCCAAGUUCCAUACAAGUGGAUAAGUUGCAAGGAAGCUCAGACUAUAGAGCAUGGAGGAGAUCCAUGGAGAUCAAUCUCUCUUCAAAACGAAAACUUGGGUUCAUUAAUGGCACGGUAUCCAUUCCCACUGAUGAUGAUGCAAAGGCUGAAAUGUGGGAGACUUGCAACAACAUGGUCAUAGCAUGGCUCACUGGUAAUGUCUCUUCCACUAUCAAGCAGUCCAUUAUGUAUAUGUCUUCUGCAAAAGAUAUCUGGAAUAAUCUAGAGAAACGAUUCGCUCUUACAAAUGGAUCUAGAAAAUACAAAUUGUGUAAGGAUUUAUAUGCCUUAAAGCAGAAUAAUUUGUCUAUCAUUGAGUACUACACCUCCAUGAAAACUGUAUGGGAGGAACUCGAUUCUAUGAACAUGCUGCCUUCUGUCACAAGUACCACACCUGAGGUACUGAAACUGUUGGAUACUAUCAACACUCAAAAGGAGGAGUCACGAUUGUUUCAGUUUCUUAAUGGUGUAAAUGAAAUGUUCAACACACAAAGGAGCAAUCUCCUGAUGUUAACCCCUUUACCAACUGUUGAGACUGCUUGUGCUACUCUCGAGCAGGAAGAGGCUCAAAGAGCUGUGUUAAACGCCUCAUCUUCCAACGAGAUUAUGGCUAUGUAUGGUAAAGCUCAAUCUGAUAGGCCACUCUUGUGCACAGUGUGUGAUGUAAAAGGCUCAGGCCCUUCUAAAUCAUUCUCUUCGCCAAAAAUGGCAGCUGCAGCUCACAGCGACUCAGGAUUGCUAUUCACUCCGCAACAACUGGAUCAGUUGAUGAAACUUAUGCCACAACUUCAAGCCUCAGGGAAGGAAUGUGACACAGAUGAAGAAUUGGAUCACCACUUCUCAGGAAUGAUAACAGUUGCUGCUGCUCAAGGAUGCUCUAGUGAGUGGAUCAUAGAUUCCGGAGCUUCAGACCACAUGACAUCUCAGCUGUCAAAUCUGAUUGAUUCAAAGAGGCUUGUCCUAGCACAAAAUAUCAAUCUCCCUACUGGCGCAACUAUGGGCAUAACUCACUCAGGAAUUGUGUGUUUAUCACCUGAUUUGAUUUUAAAAGACAAACAAAUCAAGGGUGUUGGUAAAGCAAAGAAUGGGUUGUAUUAUUUGGACAGAAGCAAAGACUCUAUCAAGAAUGUGCUAGCCAAUUCUGCUGUUGCAACAACUGGUGACACUGGUAAUAGCUCUAACCUCACUCACAAUGAUAUUCCUGCUAAGUUGGCUUUGUGGCAUCAUAGACUUGGACAUGCAUCUGUAACCAAAUUAAAACAUAUACCAUGUGUUAAACCAUAUGUUCAUGAUAAGUCUCAAAUUUGCAUUACAUGUCCCAUGGCAAAGUUUGCAAAACUGCCAUACAGUGAAAGUACCUCUCAUGCUUCCGUACCAUUUGAAUUGAUUCACUUAGACACUUGGGGGCCAUAUAAAGUAGCUUACAAUGAGUUUGAUGAUAAAGCCUCUAAAGAAUUCUUUUCUGCUAAUGGUAUUCUGCACCAAACCAGCUGUGCUCACAGACCUCAGCAAAAUGCUAGGGCUGAGAGACAACACAGGCAUAUUUUGGAGAUUUCUAGAUCACUUCGUUUUCAUGCUGACACAGAUACACCACCAGAUACACCACCAGAUACACCUCUUCCCAGACAAUCUGCCAGAUCACUCAAGUUGAACCCCAAUUUCAUUGUUUUUCUAGCCACUAUUCAAGGUACUCGUGAUCCAGUCAGUUUCAAAGAAGCUAUACAAAAUGAUUGUUGGAGAAAAGCGAUCAACGCUGAACUUGAUGCUUUAGAGCUCACUGAUACAUGGGAAAUAACUACUCUACCAGCGAACAAACAAUCAAUUGGAUUGUCGAAAAAUAUAAAGCGAGGCUUGUCAUUCUUGGCAACAAACAGGAGUAUUGAGUUUAACUAUGCGGAAACCUUUGCGCCGGUUGCCAAACUCACCACUGUUAGAACCCUUCUUGCAGUAGCAGCAAUGCAAAAUUGGUUUACAUGUCAGAUGGAUGUAAGCAAUGCAUUCUUACAUGGUGAAUUGUCUGAUAUAAUCUACAUGAAACUUCCAUCAGGAUACACACACUUGGGGUGCAGAAUCACUGCCACAUCUGCCCUACAGUCUCCUAAGUCUGGCCUAGUGUGCAGGCAAUUGCAUGAGUUCGAUUCAAAGUCUCAAGCAAUGCUGGCACAAACCUUUCACAUGAAGGACAUGGGAGAGAUCUUCGAUAUUUUCUAG